ACAAAUGCGGUUAUUAACACCAAUUCGGUGAAAAGGGGAGCAUUUCUGGGUCGUAUUAAUCACACAUUAAAUGGUAAUUAAGCCCCACAAUGAACUUUGAUUCUUAACGCAUCAAAAGAGAUUAUGGUGGCGUUUAUUUUAAAUUAUGCGAGGCCUAUAUAAGCCGACCCAAAUCCAAUUUUUCGCUUUAGUUUGGCAUAAUGCUGGCCCGGUUUUCGUUUUUCGUGAUUAUUCUACCUCUGCAAUUCGGACUGGCAAAGAACAACUAUGACAUCGCGAUCAAAACACUGAGCUGCCAAAUUGUAGCCAAGAAAUAUGUCAAUAGCUUGGAAUGUCUACUUGUGAGACCAAGGAUUGCAAUGGUAUCUUUUAAAUUCAGUUUAAAUCAAACCAUCGAGCACUUCGACGUGCUUGCAACAUUUGAUUUGAUGAAAAAGGAUAAAAGCCGCAUGAAUAUAGCCGAUAUCAAGAUGGACGGAUGCAAAUACUUGGGAUCGAUGUACCAAAACAACAUCGUUGGCAAAUUGUUCAAAAGGCUCAAGUCGGUCAGCAAUUUACCAGCCAGCUGUCCUGUUUUAAAGGGAAAACUGUACGAGAUCCGCAACUAUACAUUCAAUUCGGACGAAUUCCCGCCAGGAGCUCCGCAGGCCAAAUGGCAAGUGCGACUGAAAUUGCAGAAGCGAUCCGAACUGGUUGCGGACAUAUCAAUUGAGGGCGCUGUGGUCUAUAAUACGUGA